UGCCAUUUAUGCAGCUGUGUACAUAUUCUGACAUAUAUAUAAAUUACACUGCACGUAACAUCGAUCGUUGUUGUGCUUUCCAAGCUUUGCCAGGCGCGGUAUCAAGAGUAAAGAAUAUAUAUGCACGAUGAGACAGUUAGCGUGUAUCCUGAUCGCCUUGACGAUCGUUGGAGUCUUUGCGGAUGAACCGGAGAAGCUGGUAAACGGAAUACGCACCUCCGUCGACGAAUAUCCGCAUGCUGUUUCUAUCAGGGUCAACAACAACCACUUCUGCGGCGGUAGCAUAAUUAGUAACAAUAUGAUCAUCACAGCUGGGCAUUGCGUAGCGCCUUUAAUCCAAAACGCUAACCAAAGACAAGGCUUAACCGUUGUCACUGGCACAACUUACCUCAGUUCGGGCGGACAGGCUCACAGAGUGUCGAGAAUGUGGUAUCACGAAAGGUACAAUCCAAAUACUCCGGGAAGAGAUGCCGGUUUUGAUAUCGGUUUGCUUCAGCUCUCCGCGCCCAUUGCCUUCAACGCCAGACAAAAGCCAAUCAGGCUUCCAACGUCGGAUAUGGUGAGGGGUGAAUCCGUUACGAUCGUAGCUUGGGGCUCUACAGGUUUCAGGCAACGCGUACACGAUAAUUUGCAAAAAUUGAACGCGAGAUGCAUGCUCCAGGACGAGUGUCAGAGAUAUCAUCAGAAUUUCAUGCUCGUUCACCCGAAUGAAUUCUGUACCCUCAUCACCACCGGAACUGGAACUUGCAAUGGUGAUAGCGGUAGCGGAGUUAUCCGCAACAGUGACGGAACGAUUAUUGGUCUGGUCUCCGGUGGAAGACCAUGUGCUCAAGGUUACCCAGAUGUAUACACUAACGUUGCGAAAUUCGUCCCUUGGAUCAAUCAGAAGAUCAUGAUGAGGCAGUUAGUGUGCAUCCUGAUCGCCUUAACGAUCAUUGGAGUCUAUGCGGAUGAACCGGAAAGACUGGUAAACGGAAUACCCACCAACAUCGAAAAUUAUCCUUAUAUUGUCUCCAUCAGGACCAAGGGCAAUCAUAUGUGCGGCGGUAAUCUAAUUAGCACACGUCUUGUCCUCACAGCCGCGCAUUGCGUAGAACCUUUGGUCAAUGACGCCAAACUAAGACGAGACUUAACCGUUGUCAGUGGCACAACUCUGCUCAGUUCGGGCGGACAGAUUAACAAGGUGUCGAGAAUGUGGUACCACGAAAACUUCAAUAUGAAUGCUCGGAGUGGAGAUAUCAGCUCCGACAUCGGUUUGCUUGAGCUAUCCAAGCCCAUUGUCGUGAAUGACAAGCAAAAGCCAAUCGCCCUCCCAACGUCAAACUUAAAAAGGAAUGAAGAUGUUACACUCGUGGCGUGGGGUUCUGCAGGUUUUAUGCGACCCGUACACAAUGAUUUGCAGAAAUUGAAUGCGAAAAGCAUGCUGCCGGAUGAGUGUCAAAAUUAUCAUAAGCAGAUGCGCAUUAACAACAACGAAUUCUGUACUCUCAUCGCCAGAGGAACUGGAGCUUGCAACGGUGACAGCGGUAGCGGAGUUGUUCGCGACAGUGACAGAACGAUCGUUGGUGUGGUCUCCCGCGGAAUACCUUGUGCCCGAAAUUACCCAGACGUAUACACCAACGUUUUUAGUUUCCUCCCUUGGAUCAAUGAGAAGAUGUCACUUCAAUAAUACCAACUCUCUUCAUGUAUUGCCAUAUCCUUAACACUCAAUAAAAAUCACGCACAGCAAAUAUUUUAAUUUAGAGGCUCUUUCUCGAAUAUUUACAUAAUAGUUUAACGAACAUUCAAAAGAGAGAAUAUUUCACGUAAAUUUGUAAAUAAUUUAAAUUACGAAUAUAUGUCACUUUCGCGUACAAAACGACAUUAAAACUGAUCUUGAUUCAAUGCGAUCAGAUGACUGAUAGAACGAUUUCCAACGAUCUCACUGUUUUGCUCAUUAUUCGAAGAAGUGUCACAUUGUUUGGAGAGACACGUGCAAACACAGUAGUAGACUUACCUGACAUAACGUGAGAGAUGUAAACAACAAGACGGCACGUCGCACUCACUGCUAAUCCAAGUAAUAAACAGAGGUGUGUAUGUAGUAAAAGAUUUCACAAGCCUAUAGACACACUUAUUACAAUCGUCUAUUCGUGGUAAAGGCACUAAUAUAUUUACACAUCUCUUUAGCCCAACAAAUAAUUGCUAGAAAACAAUAUUUGUGGACUAGAAAAAAUAUGCGAGAUGCGAGUGGCUGAAUCGGAAAUCGCACCCGAGUCUUUAGAUUUUCAGGCAACUGCUCUCAUCACUAUUCAGCUAUUUAAAUCUCACCCCUUAUGUCACUUUUAACACGUAAUAUAAUAUACGACUCCAGAGCGAAGUUGGAAGUCACUUAAUGAACGCAACGCCAACUGUCACGGAGAAAUCCGCGAUAGGAUAGCUACAGUGUGACUCCAGAGAGAUGAUGGUCCUAUUCUCUCGACGAGACGAUGUUCUCAUCGUCGACGCGCGCCAAACACUGCCGCGCAUAUCGAUCGUGUCAAGGGUCGAAGCUACACCCCCGCAGAAUACGCAUGCUCCAACGUUAUAUCGUCGGUUAGAAGGGAUACGGUAUGUGUAUAUGUGUAUAUGUGUGUGUGUGUAUGUGUAUAUAUGAAAAAU